GCGGGAGCCGUGGCCGCGCACGUCGCGCGGCCUGCGCUACGUGGCCGCCGGGCGGCGCAGGUCCUGAGGAGAGGGCGCCAUGUGGAAGCUGCUCCCCGCCGGGGACCCGGCUCGAGGAGAACCAUACAGACUUCUGACUGGUGUUGAGUAUGUUGUGGGAAGGAAGAACUGUGCCAUUCUGAUUGAUGAUGAUCAGUCCAUCAGUCGAAGUCAUGCUGUGUUAACAGCUAACAUUUCUCUAAUUAACUUGCAAACAGAUGAAAUUUCCACUUUGACAAUAAAAGAUAAUUCUAAGUAUGGUACCUUUGUCAAUGAGGAAAAAAUGCAAACUGGCCUUUCUCGAACUCUGAAGACAGGGGAUAGAGUUACCUUUGGAGUGUUUGAAAGUAAAUUCAGAGUAGAAUAUGAGCCUUUGGUUGUGUGCUCCUCUUGUCUAGAUGUCACUGGGAAAACUGCUGUAAAUCAAGCUAUCGUACAGCUGGGAGGACUUACAGUAAACAACUGGACAGAGGAAUGUACUCACCUUGUUAUGGCAUCAGUUAAAGUUACCAUCAAAUCCUUUAUCACAAAAGUUUUUUACCCACCUGUUGAUGAACCAACCAUUGGAAGUAAAAGCAUUGACCUAUCAGGACGACAGGAAAGAAAACAAAUCUUCAAAGGAAAAACAUUUGUAUUUUUAAAUGCCAAACAGCACAAAAAAUUAAGUUCAGCAGUUGUUUUUGGAGGUGGAGAAGCUAGGUUGAUAACAGAAGAAAAGCAGGGUCUUAGACCUAUUCCCGAAGCAGAAAUUGGAUUGGCAGUUAUUUUCAUGACUACAGAGAAUUACUGUGAUCCUCAGGGCCGGUCCCACACAGGAUUAAAGACAACAACUCCAGGGCCAAGCCUUUCACAAGGGUGGUCAGCUAAUGAAAAACUAAUGCCAAGUGCUCCUUUGGAUGCUACAACAUUGGAAACUGACACAGAAUGGGACCAGGCUGAUACAUGUAUGUAUUCUAAUGGAAAGCCAAAAGAAAUAAUCUCCAGAAUGGAACAAAAAUUUGGAACAUUGUCCCAAGAAAUACCUGAUGUAAAAGAACUCCCCAAAACAAGCUCCAAUAACAUAGUAUCAGAUACUGUAGGUAGGGCAAAAAUCCAGAACUAUCAGCUUUCACCACCUAAAUUCUCCAGUGUAAAUAAAAGAGAUAGGGCUUCUCAACAGCAGCAGACAAAUACCAUUAGAAACUACUUUCAGCCAUCUCCCAAAAAAAGGGAAAGGGAGGAAGAAAACCAAGAAAUGUCUUCAUCCAAAUCAGCAAGAAUAGAAAUGUCUUGUUCUCUUUUAGAUCCUGGAGCAGGUAAACUCCCACACAUCAUUGGAGGAUCAGAUCUAGUAGCUCAUCAUGCUCAAAAGAAUGCAGAACUAGAAGAGUGGUUGAGACAGGAAAUGGAGGUACAAAGGCAACAUGCAAAAGAAGAGUCUCUUGCUGAUGAUCUGUUUAGGUAUAAUCCUAAUGUAAAAAGGAGAAGAUAAUUGAGAACUUUGAAAGGAAAUUAUGAAAAAACAAACUUCCCAGCAAACAUUUACUUUAGGCUGAGGUACAUGAACACAGUGUAUAAAAGAGACAAAUUUGUUUAAUAAAAUGCACAAAACUAUUUCUUUUGUAUGUGGUAAUAAGUAUUGUUCUGUUUUUAGUCUUUGCCAUGUCAUCUCUCAUAGUCAACAUUGUCAUUUUAAAUUAAGUCUCCCUUCUACUGUUCUCCUGUUUUCUUCCCUUCAGAACAAAAUCUGUGAUACUUAUUUCUUGUUAGUCUUUCCAGAGUUUUAAUUCCUAUUCAAGUUCCUGUACAGAUCAUGUUUUCAGUAAUUCCCUGUCCGAAUGAUAGUCUAAUAUAUGCAGUGUUCUGCAUGUUGUUCUUUUUCAUGUAAUAGGAAGCUCAUAGGCAUAAUAACAUUUUUAGGGGGUGCUGGGAAGAUAGCUCAAAGGUCCUGAGUUCAAUACCCGGUACCGCAAGAAAAAAAAAAUGGAUGUGUCUCAGAUGGAAUGAAUGGCUUCAGUUAUUAACAUGUCACCUAUGUAUUAUUCUA